AUGACUGGCGCAGCCAAACCCCCAUGUCACGUUAACGGGACAGCGUUCAUCACGGGUGCUGCCUCCGGCAUCGGAAAGUCCGUAGCCCAUGUUUAUGCUCAAAACGGCAUAGAAGGCCUAGCGCUGGCAGACGUCAGUAUCCCCAACCUCGAGUCCGUUCAAGCAGAACUUCGCGAGCAAUAUCCCCACGUCCGCGUCGAGAUAUUCACCGUUGAUGUGACAAAAGAGGAACAAAUAGCGGCCGCUGUGCAAUCGGCCGCCGCCAAAUUUGGUCGUAUUGACAUCUCCAUCCAUGGCGCUGGUAUUGCGGGUAACCCGGCUCCAACGCACGACCUUCCAUUAUCGGACUGGCAGCGUGUCAUUGACGUCAACCAGACGGGUGUGUUGUUAUGUGAUAAAUGGGUUGUUCAGCAGAUGCUGAAGCAGGAGUGA